UAAACUCUUCCACAUAUUAAUUCUCACUCCUUCUGUUUUGUGAGAAGUUUAACUAGAAAAACUUAAACCAAAGUAAAAAGCUUUUUGUGAUGUUUGACACAACUCCAGCUAAUCACGGGAUCAGCUGUUGGCAUUAAUUCCAAGAUGGCGCAUUGUCCGGUAGGCUGUCCUUCUGAGACCGACCGAACCGGAGGUGUUCUGAGGCGGUGCAGGGGUCGACCGAGGCUCACGGACUCAGACCGAGCUCAGAGGAGGCUGGAAUCCCGAAAGAAGUACGACGUUAGGAGGGUUUACCUCGGAGAGUCGCAUAAGGUGUGGAGCGAGCUCCGCAGGAGGACCAGCCUGAGUGAUGCUGGGCUGGCUGAGUUCCUCAUCCUGCUCUACUCCACUUAUGGAGACAGAUACCAGCAGGAGCAGAGCGGAAAGGAGGCAGCAGCAGAGGAUUCUGGGAAGCAGAAAGGUAGGAAGCAGCGAGUUUCCAGCCUCCACAGUCUGGUUAGUUGGUACCGGGAUCACUCGGCCUCAUGUCCCCACGAACCGCAGCUCCGAGCUCUGGAACCCAGGCCUGACCGCUCCACCGCCGCCGUCUGGCAGUGCCUCUCAGACCACUCCUUCAUGCAGUUUCUUUACUCGCCCCUGAAGGACGUCAGUGACUCUGAGCAGGAAGAGAGAGGAGAUGGAGACAGUGAUGGAGAGGCUGCCAACAAAGUGGACACGGCUAAACGAACCAGGAGCCGGCAGAGAAGAAAGGGAGGCCAUAGAAAGUGUAAAGAUGAACUAACUGAAGCUGUGAACCAGACUGAAGAAGAUGGAGGCCUAUACAGCCAGUCCAGAGUAGAGGAUUCAUCUCAGGAUGCUAGCGGGACACGGCAGCCUGCCUGGGAUGCAGCAUCCUUACACUCUGCCUCUGCUGAGGAAGAGGAGGCAGCAGAGCUUGAGGAUAUGAGUCGAGUUACAGAUGAAGGAGAGGGGAAAAGUCUCAGGGAGAGAGAAAGCAGGACUCUUGGGUCUGAUUCCAGCGAGGCAUCUGAAACAGACAGACUGGAUCAGCACUCUAAAAGCUUGAAUGGUUCCGUCCCGCUGAGCUCUCAGCUGGAGCUGUCCGUCCCACCAGCCGUCCACGACCAGCAGGUGGAGCUGUUCCACCCUCGGCCUCUGCACACAGCAGCGACCGGCUGCCAGAUCCCUACCCAGCCGACGCCUCUGGAAGGCUCACAGUUAAUCAUCAUCAGUGGUUCCAGUUAUGAAGCCUUGGCGUCAGAAGGAGUCCAGCUCAACACGGGCAGCGGAAACAUGGAGGAGGUUUCUUGCACCGUCAUCGGUGGUGUCGCCUACAACCAGCUGUGUGUGCCCGACUUUAAAGUCGAAGCAGCAGAGGAAGAUUCCCUGACAGGAUUGAGUGAGACGCAGCUGGUCCAGAACUCCAUCGAUAACCUGGAGCUGAGUAGCAGCAGAGAGCUGCAGCGGACUCUCAGCAGGUCAAAGAGAAACAGGCGAGGACCGGUCAUUGAAGCAGACGGCAUGCUGAAGAUGUUCCACUGUCCUUAUGAAGGCUGCAGUCAGGUUUACGUAGCAAUCAGCAGUUUUCAGAAUCACGUGAAUCUAGUUCACAGGAAAGGAAGGACCAAGGUCUGCCCUCAUCCUGGCUGUGGGAAGAAGUUCUACCUGUCAAACCACCUCCACCGUCACAUGAUCAUACACUCAGGGGUCAGAGAUUUCAUCUGUGAAACGUGCGGGAAAUCAUUUAAGCGUAAGAAUCAUCUAGAAGUCCACCGGCGGACGCACACAGGAGAGACGCCGCUCCAAUGUGAAAUCUGUGGCUACCAGUGCCGCCAGCGUGCCUCCCUGAACUGGCACAUGAAGAAACACACUCCGGAGGCACUUUACAACUUCACCUGUGAGUUCUGCAACAAGCGGUUCGAGAAGUUGGACAGCGUUAAAUUUCAUAAAGUGAAAAGCCACCCUGAAAAACAAACAAGCUGAGGUCUCUGGAGGGGAGUGUCUCCUCUGUUCAAACGGCUCAUGUUUCUUUAUAGGGGAUAUCAGCUUAGUGAGACAGUCCAACCCUGUGCAGGACACAGGCUGUGACAGUAGAAUCUGCUGAGUUAACAUUACGACCACAGGAAAAUACAAAGGGGGCUCAACAUGUUCUUAAUAUGCACUAACAACCUUAUCGUUUACAGUAGUAACUAUUACUUUUCAGGGAUUGCAUCAUUCUGCGAUGCAGAUUAUGUUUUUAUUCCUGAACAUCAGAAACUGGUCAGUGUCUUUGUUUGGGGGCCAGUCCGGGAUUCAGCAUUACCAAAAAUUGCAGAACUGUAACCAGUGGGAAUUUGAAUUAUCCUUUUACUGCCGACUGUUUAUAAAAAGUUUGUAAACCAGAGAGGUCGGUUGAUAAUAAAGAAAUAUGACCAGUGGUAAAUAUCCAGUAAAAGUUUAGGCUGUAAAAGGACUGGACUACGAGUCAUCUGUUAGACAUCAUGCUUGGUUUUAUGAUGAGGAAACAGUUGAAUUGGGUCAGUAACACAGUAUCUGUGUCUCCCAUGUGAUUUUAAUAACUCUGCUCAGGAAUUUUCAUAAAAUCCUUUUUGUUCUUUCUUCAAUUUCUCUGUUUCUUGACCUCAAUAAAAGCAAUUUUCCUUUUUGUAUUAACCACUAUCUUCUGAGUUUUUUUUUUUUAAUAAAGUAUUUUUUUCUUCAAAAGAACUUUCUUGUAUGCAACCCGGUGUGUUCCUGCUUCAUGCGUCCCCCCAACCUGGACCGUGUGCACACUUAUGACACAGUCUAGCUGCUCUUAGAUAAUAAAACAAACAUAUAAAAGCUCUUGUGACACCUUGCGUCAUAAAAUCUAUCUUUAAGGUAUAGAUUUUGAAUGAUUUAUACAUUAAGAAAUAUUUGUAAAGGCUACAACACAAGACAGUAUCCUUAAAGUCUCCUUUAAGGAUUAGUGACUCCUUUAAGGAUUAAAGAUGCAGGUAAAUGGUAGUGC